AUGGCAUGUCCUAGCCCAACCCGAUGUCCUGAAAAAAACAGAAACGAAAGGAAUUUCAGCGACGGUGAUCACGAUUCAUCAGAAAAUGAAGGGAUGGGUCAGACCAAAACCACUUUUGCCAGCAUCAUGGUAGCAAAUAAUGAUGAGGAAAUGAGUGUUACAGAUAAUUUUGGAGACAAAGAAAGUGGAAAAACUAACGGCAGCAUCACACAAAUUGGCAAUGGUGACAGGAAGUGCCGCUCAAUAAGGUGUCCUCCUAUUGGGACGGUGAAGGAGACUCGGAAUACUAUCAACAGGAGAGAACGGCAAAGGAUGCUCCAGCUUAACAAAGCCCUGGACGGUCUCCGAGCUGUGAUGCCCUCGAUACAUUCGUCGUCUUCUCGCAAACUCUCAAAAAUAGCCACACUGUUGUCCGCCAAAAAUUACAUUCAGAUGCUGAAUAAAUCCAUCCAGGAUAUGAGUGUUUUAUUGAGGGAUCUCCGUAGAUCGACCGCUUGUAUCAGCACAAACAUUCCUUGUAUACCUCAUUGUGUUCCAACGUUUUCCCCGUCAGCCGAUGGUCUCGGGAGCUCUCUGUCAAAGCCAACGGGUUUCGUUUCGCGUAGUAACUCCUACCGUGGUGAGGUCCCAACAGCGUCGGCGCUGUAUGUGUCACCAUUACCCUACCAAGAGUAUGGUCAACAAGUGUAUUUUACAAACAGAUCGUCAAAGAUAUUGGAACAUCACCCACACAGCGUCAACCAAUUACAUUACUAUUACUGA